AUGGCAGAUAACAACUCACUGGAUGGUGGUGAGACUGUGCGACGACAGAUCAAUGACCAGGUCAUGAUUGUGCAGAUCCUGGUGAUGAUUUUUCUCUGCAUCAACUUGUUGCUCAUCGUCACCUUUUUUAAGAGAGAGUGCUUCUACACAACAACACGUUACAUCUUAUUUGCCGUUACAUUACUGUCUGACAGCAUGAUACUAGUAGUAACUGAUAUUCUGCUCAUCUUAAGCUAUUUUCGCUUCACAAUCCAAGUUGGGGUGUGUGUUGUUCUCUGUUUCAUGUUGUACCUGUACUAUACAGUCACACCAUUUACUCUGACAGCAAUGACCCUGGAGCGCUAUGUGGCCAUUUGCAUGCCCCUGCGUCAUGGAGAGCUGUGCUCCACACGCAAUACUAUUCACUGCAUCCUCAUCAUCCACAGUCUCAGCUUUGUAACUAUUACUGUUGUUCUCUCCACUUUAUUUGCGUCAGUCUCCCUUAGCUUCUACACACAAUUCAAAAUAUGCUCUAUGGAGAUAUUCUUUGUUCACACAUGGCAGGAUCACAUUAGGUCAGGUAUCAGUCAGUUUUACUUCUUGAUCAUGUGUAUCAUAAUUGUGUUUACGUAUGUUAAAAUAAUGAAAGUGGCCAAAGCUGCAUCCGGAGAUGAUAAAAAGUCAACAAGGAAAGGGCUCAGAACAGUGGUUCUUCAUGCUUUCCAGCUGUGGCUUUGUCUCGUCCAGCUGUGGUGUCCAUUUAUAGAAAGAGCUGUCCUUCAGAUUGAUUUCAUGUUGUUCGUUCAAGUCAGGUACUUUAACUAUAUAAUGUUUGGUCUUGCUCCAAGAUGCCUGAGUCCUCUCAUAUAUGGCCUCAGGGAUGAAAAGUUUUUUCUUGAACUGAAAAGCUACACCUUGUUCAGUAACUGA